CAGUGAAUUAUCGAUCCGUGACAUUAUAUUCUACGCCACUACCGCAUAACGUCCCAUUGAUCGUGGGUAUUUGUACAAUGGCCUACUGGUCGUCUAGCCACUGCCGUCGAAGACACAGGACUCGCUUUCGGGACACCUCUUGACAGCGCCCUUGCUUCGACUUAUUGAAACACGGCAAUAUUUUCCAGAAAUGGUUGACAAGUAUCAUUCUUCUCAAACAAUGCGCGCGCCCUCACUGUCACCCACCUCUACAAUAUCGCUACCUGGCCUCGAUCUCAGCAGCAUCCCACCAAUCGCCAUUUUGUCAGCCCAUUUGAAGGACGAGGAGGAGGCGAAGCUCAAGGAAACAUUACGCCAGCACGAUGCACCUCUUACUACCGAUGUCUCAAGAGCAAAUGUUUUCAUUGGCAAGGUAGGAACUAAGAGGCGGGCUGAGUUUGAGUUGAGGUCUCGAAAGUUGGUAGUCCAAGAACUCGUCGCAGUGAAGCGGGCGGCAAGUCCAAUAAAGACAGUUGGUCCUCCAAGCAGGAAAAGAAAGCUUUCUCGAACAACGUCUAGCCAUGUUGCAGUACACGAGGGAGAUUCCACUACCGAGGACGAGACCGUCGAAGUCUCAGAGACCGAGGACGAAGCACCUGUUGAGAACCAGGUCGCGCCAUCGUCAUCAUCUUUCAAGUCCGAGAAAGAUGUGCGCGUAGCACCGGUGUUCGACAAAGGCUCGAACAACGACAUCAUCUGGGUAAUCAAACUGGAUUGGAUAGACGCCUGCGUGUCAGCAGGUCACCUUGUUCCCUUAGCGGACAAUCUGGUGUACAAAGCUAAGGUAUCAGAGCGACCAAAAUCAUUGAAGACCAGAUCCAUCAAAGCUGUUUUCUCCGCGGUUGCCAAGACAACACCUACUUCUCAGACCCUUCUGGCUACCCGGCCACACACUGUGCAAGAUAUCCUGGACCGGGCAAAGUCGGAUGUUUCUACAACUGUAUCAAAAUCGACGUACCAGCCCCAACCCUUUAGAAGCCAUGGCUCCCGACGCUUUGUGGGCAAGAGCUUUGCCUCGUCUAACCUGCCUGCCGGCAAGUCAUAUGCCUCGCAUGCUGCACACUUGCUUCAAGCAACAACGAGUGAAUACGAGGGCGAAGACAGUGACAUUCCACAACCUCCAGACUGGGUAAAGAAGGGCGUGAAGUACUCUUGCCAACGAUUCACGCCUGCGAACGGGCCUAAUGAGGACUUUCUUGACCAACUUAAGAAGAUUCGUACGGCCCGGACGCUUAUCGACGAUGAGAUUGGUGUUCGCGCGUACUCAACAAUCAUCGCUUCUAUUGCUGCAUACCCGUACAAACUCAGUCAUCCCCGCGAGAUUACCCAGUUGCCAGGCUGCGACGAGAAAACUGCCGUGCUGUUUGUCGAGUGGAAGAACACAGGCAAGAUCCAAGCGGUCGAAGACUAUGGAAACGACGAAGCGAUGAAAGUUCUGCGCACAUUCUACGAUAUCUGGGGUGUAGGUGCGAAGACCGCCCGAAACUUCUACUAUAAUAACCAUUGGACUGAUCUCGAUGAUAUUGUCGAGUUUGGCUGGAAUGAUUUGGAUCGAGUACAGCAGAUAGGUGUCAAGUACUAUGACGAAUUCCUAGUGCCGAUCCCCCGCGAUGAGGUCGAACAGAUAGCAUCUGUCGUCCGAGAAUUCGCAGUGCGUCUUCGCGAUGAGCGCAUUACGGUCACAAUCGUUGGCGGUUAUCGGCGUGGCAAGGUAGCAUCUGGUGAUGUGGAUAUGAUUGUCUCGCAUCCUGAUCUCGAGUCCACAGCGGGCUUGGUGCGGGAGAUGGUCGAGGUUCUCGAGGAUGUGGAAUGGAUUACACAUACCUUGACCAUGAACAUGACGAAUACGAACCGUGGGCAGCAUGUCCUUCCUUUUCGUUCUGCGAAGGGUGCUGGUGUAGGCUUUGAUACCCUUGACAAAGCGCUCGUGGUGUGGCAAGACCCUACUUGGCCGACACGCGAUCGAGAUCUCGCAGAGGACUCGAAAGCGAAGAAUCCGAAUAUUCAUCGCCGUGUCGAUAUUAUUAUCGCUCCAUGGCGGACCGUGGGCUGCGCGGUCAUGGGCUGGAGUGGCGGCACGACGUUUCAGCGAGAUCUUCGCCGGUAUGCGAAAGCCACCAAAGGAUGGAAAUUUGAUAGUAGUGGCAUUCGCAGUAGGAGUAAUGGUGAGGCGAUAUCGCUGGAGGGACCGGAUGGUGUGGAUGGGACACCAGAGGAAGCCGAGAGGGUAGUGUUUGAGGGUUUGGGAUUGGAGUACAUACCACCAGAGUAUCGGUCUACUUAUUGAUGUCUGCAUGGCCUGAUGCGCUUCACGGUAUGGUUCUUCACGACACGCUUCAAGUGCAUCAUCACAGCACACCACUCUUAUUUAUUAGCUUCACACCAGUCAGACACUUCCUUUACGAUUCCACCGCAAUCAUGUACCAACUUAGUAUCUUGUAAUACAAAGCUACAGACAGACUCGACAUCUUACUCUACAACACAAGCAUGGGCAGACUGCUCACCACACUCACCACCGUCUUGCGAAUCUUCACGGGCC